AGAAACUUGGGCCUAUCGGACCUGGAUCGGAAACCCAACCCUAGUAUAUAUAAAAAAGAUACAUUAGGUUUCACUACUUCAUUCUCAGUGAAGCAGCGAGCCAGAAACCUAGGGAGAGAGGAAGAGGACUGCGCCUCGUUUCACCACCAUCAUUCAACAUGGGUAUUUCCAGGGAUUCUAUGCACAAGAGGCGUGAGACUGGAGGAAAGAAGAAGGCAUGGAGGAAGAAGAGAAAGUACGAGCUUGGUCGCCAGCCAGCUAACACCAAGCUUUCAAGCAACAAGACCGUAAGGAGGAUCCGUGUCCGUGGUGGUAAUGUUAAAUGGAGGGCUUUGAGGUUGGAUACAGGAAACUUUUCCUGGCCUAGUGAAACUGUCACUCGUAAAACCCGUCUCCUUGAUGUGGUUUACAAUGCCUCCAACAAUGAGCUUGUGCGUACUCAGACCCUUGUGAAGAGUGCCAUUGUUCAGGUUGAUGCUGCUCCUUUCAAGCAAUGGUACCUUCAACACUAUGGUGUUGAAAUUGGAAGGAAAAAGAAAACUGCCGGCAAGAAAGAGUCUGAGGAGGCUGAAGCUGUUACAGAGGAAGUUAAAAAGAGUAGCCAUGUUCAGAGGAAAUUAGAACAACGACAGAAGGAUCGUCAGCUGGAUCCACACAUUGAGGAGCAGUUUGGAGGUGGAAGGUUGCUUGCAUGCAUUUCUUCCCGACCUGGACAGUGUGGCAGAGCUGAUGGCUACAUUUUGGAAGGUAGAGAAUUGGAAUUUUACAUGAAGAAGCUCCAGAAGAAGAAGGGCAAGGGUGCUGCUUGAUAACUUUCCAAAUUUUUAUUUUGCUUUAUUUGUUUUAAUUGAGACUAGUUUUCAACGAAGAUGUUUUGUGCUUCAGUUUAUGCUGUUGGUUAACAUUUUAGCAUCUUUUAAUGUUUUUGACAAUAUUAUGUUGGUUUUGAGUUAAACUAUUUUGGUUAUUUAUAUUUUACAAUUUUGUCAACAAA